AGUGAAAGUCCCAUGUGUGAAAAGGCCAGCACUUAGAGUGGCUCCUGUGGCAGUAGCAAACUUCAGUACAGUUUGCUCGUGGGCCAGGGUUCCAGGAGAUAGUGCUGACAUCACAGAGUUCUCAACGGCAACAAUAGCGCGAGCUGCGAGCAACAGCUUCGCCCAGGUCCCCUUCAGGUUUAUGAUAUAGAUUCAGUCAUUUUUUUUCCUUUUGUAGAUGUACCGCUCCAUCUGAAACUCAAGGUUGGUGUCACCUAAGUGGGUUCCCGUAGCAAGGAAUUUGAGAACAUCCUCCUCCUUCAUCUGUAGGACGUCAAGGGCUCCAGACAUUGUGCAUUAGUCAACCAGAGGAUAGCCACAAUAAUCAGUGAUCCAAGAAGCUCUCUCCACCGCCACAGCCUGCAAAAACAAGACAAAAGAUCGGGAAUUUCCUCCUCUUUACAAUGAGAAUAGCUCUAUUCCAAUAAACCAGAAUGAACCUCAUGGAUAUCGCCAAGAUCUUCUCUCUUCUGCAACCAGAAAAAGAGGAGGAGGACGCCGACACAGGCGAAAAGCAGGCUCUCAAUCAAGCUGUAUAUGACAAUGACUCUUGUACCCUGGACCACCUUCUACACCAGGAACGUUAUAAACGGUUCAUCAACAGCAGGAGUGGCUGGGGUAUACCUGGAACACCCUUGCGCUUGGCAGCCUCUUAUGGUCACUUAGAUUGUGUGAAAGUCCUCCUGGAACAUGGUGCUGAUGUUGAUAGCUUGGAUGUCAAAGCACAAACACCACUUUUCACUGCUGUUAGUCACGGUCAUCUGGAGUGUGUGAGAAUACUUUUAGAAGCUGGUGCCUGUCCUAGUGGUAGCAUCUACAACAAUUGCUCUCCUGUUCUCACUGCCUCACGUGAUGGGGCCUUUGCCAUCUUACAGGAGCUCCUAGGGCAUGGUGCAGAGGCUAAUGUCAAGGCGAAACUGCCAGUCUGGGCAUCAAACAUAGCUUCAUGUUCUGGCCCCCUCUAUUUGGCUGCAGUCUAUGGUCAUCUUGAUUGUUUCCGCCUGCUUUUGCUCUAUGGGGCAGAUCCUGAUUACAACUGUAUUGACCAGGCCCUCUUAAGUCGAGUUCCACAGCCUCGCACACUCCUUGAAAUCUGCCUUCAUCAUAAUUGUGAGCCAGAGUACAUACAGCUUUUAAUAGAUUUUGGAGCGAACAUCUACCUCCCAUCUCUACCUUUGGACCCAACAUCUCAAGAUGAUAAAGGCAUCAAGUUGCUGCUACAAGCCCGAGCUACUCCACGGUCACUCCUGUCCCAGGCCCGCUUAGUUAUCCGCAGAUCCCUGUGCCGAGCCAACCAGCCACAAGCCAUCGACCAGUUGGAUAUCCCCCCUGUGUUGAUUAGCUACCUCAAGCAUCAAUAAAUUUUCAACUUUCUCAGGAACCUAAUGCAUGAUACCUCCAAAAAUACACCUGGUAACCCAGAUUGCUUGAGAAUAAUACACCCCAUAACUUUUCUGGCGCAUUAUUCUCCACAAUAAAAUCCUCAGCAAAGUAA